AUGAAACAGAACAUCUAUGAUUCCAACAAAGUUAUGGUCAAACUUAACAACACAAAGAAGCGUGUAAAUACCUCUCCUCAGCGUGUAAAUACCUCUCCGCAUAGUGUAAAUACCUCUCCGCAUAAUGUAAAUACCUGUCCGCAUAGUGUAAAUACCUCUCCGCAUAAUGUAAACACCUCUCCGCAUAAUGUAAAUACCUCUCCGCAUAAUGUAAACACCUCUCCGCAUAAUGUAAAUACCUCUCCGCAUAAUGUAAAUACCUCUCCGCAUAAUGUAAACACCUCUCCGCAUAGUGUAAACACCUCUCCGCAUAAUGUAAAUACCUCUCCACAUAAUGUAAACACCUCUCCACAUAAUGUAAACACCUCUCCACAUAAUGUAAAUACCUCUCCACAUAAUGUAAACACCUCUCCACAUAAUGUAAACACCUCUCCGCAUAAUGUAAACACCUCUCCGCAUAAUGUAAAUACCUCUCCACAUAAUGUAAACACCUCUCCGCAUAAUGUAAAUACCUCUCCGCAUAAUGUAAACACCUCUCCGCAUAGUGUAAACACCUCUCCGCAUAAUGUAAACACCUCUCCGCAUAAUGUAAAUACCUCUCCGCAUAAUGUAAAUACCUCUCCGCAUAAUGUAAACACCUCUCCGCAUAGUGUAAACACCUCUCCGCAUAAUGUAAAUACCUCUCCACAUAAUGUAAACACCUCUCCACAUAAUGUAAACACCUCUCCACAUAAUGUAAAUACCUCUCCGCAUAAUGUAAACACCUCUCCGCAUAAUGUAAAUACCUCUCCGCAUAAUGUAAAUACCUCUCCGCAUAAUGUAAACACCUCUCCGCAUAGUGUAAACACCUCUCCGCAUAAUGUAAAUACCUCUCCGCAUAAUGUAAACACCUCUCCGCAUAGUGUAAACACCUCUCCGCAUAAUGUAAAUACCUCUCCACAUAAUGUAAACACCUCUCCACAUAAUGUAAACACCUCUCCACAUAAUGUAAACACCUCUCCGCAUAAUGUAAAUACCUCUCCACAUAAUGUAAACACCUCUCCACAUAAUGUAAACACCUCUCCACAUAAUGUAAAUACCUCUCCGCAUAAUGUAAACACCUCUCCGCAUAAUGUAAAUACCUCUCCGCAUAAUGUAAAUACCUCUCCGCAUAAUGUAAACACCUCUCCGCAUAGUGUAAACACCUCUCCGCAUAAUGUAAACACCUCUCCGCAUAAUGUGAAUACCUCUCCGCAUAAUGUAAAUACCUCUCCGCAUAAUGUAAACACCUCUCCGCAUAGUGUAAACACCUCUCCGCAUAAUGUAAAUACCUCUCCACAUAAUGUAAACACCUCUCCACAUAAUGUAAACACCUCUCCACAUAAUGUAAACACCUCUCCGCAUAGUGUAAACACCUCUCCGCAUAAUGUAAAUACCUCUCCACAUAAUGUAAACACCUCUCCACAUAAUGUAAACACCUCUCCACAUAAUGUAAAUACCUCUCCACAUAAUGUAAACACCUCUCCACAUAAUGUAAACACCUCUCCGCAUAAUGUAAACACCUCUCCGCAUAAUGUAAAUACCUCUCCGCAUAAUGUAAACACCUCUCCGCAUAAUGUAAAUACCUCUCCGCAUAAUGUAAACACCUCUCCGCAUAGUGUAAACACCUCUCCGCAUAAUGUAAAUACCUCUCCGCAUAAUGUAAACACCUCUUCGCAUAGUGUAAACACCUCUCCACAUAAUGUAAAUACCUCUCCACAUAAUGUAAACACCUCUCCGCAUAAUGUAAAUACCUCUCCGCAUAAUGUAAAUACCUCUCCGCAUAAUGUAAACACCUCUCCGCAUAGUGUAAACACCUCUCCGCAUAAUGUAAAUACCUCUCCACAUAAUGUAAACACCUCUCCACAUAAUGUAAACACCUCUCCACAUAAUGUAAAUACCUCUCCACAUAAUGUAAACACCUCUCCACAUAAUGUAAACACUUCACCGCAUAAUGUAAACACCUCUCCACAUAAAGUAAACACCUCUCCGCAUAAUGUAAACACCUCUCCACAUAAUGUAAACACCUCUCCACAUAAUGUAAACACCUCUCCACAUAAAGUAAAUACCUCUCCACAUAAUGUAAACACCUCUCCACAUAAAGUAAACACCUCUCCACAUAAUGUAAACACCUCUCCGCAUAAUGUAAAAUACCUCUCCGCAUAA